AUGGAGUGCAGUCAAGAAACCCCAGCUUCUGGUGAUCCUGCAGCACAUGCUGAACAGGUGUAUCUGCCAAGACACGACCAAGGUUGGCGUCGAGCCGUUCGCAAUUUCACCCCCGCCUGGUUCUCUGUGAACAUGGGAACGGGCAUUGUUUCGAUCCUCCUCAAUACCUUGCCAUACAAUGCUCAAUGGCUCUACUAUCUUUCGAUUGUUAUUUUUGUCCUGAAUGUGGUUCUGUUUGUGAUCAUACUUGCGACUACAUUACUUCGGUACAUACUCUAUCCGGAAAUCUUCAGGGUCAUGAUCAAUCACCCUGUGCAGUCCCUGUUCCUGGGAACAUUCCCCAUGGGUCUGGCGACGCUCAUCAAUAUGUUCUGCUUUGUUUGCGUGCCUGCAUGGGGGUCAGGGGCUGCCUUUUUCAUCUGGGCCAUUUGGAUCUUCGAUGCCGUGGUCUCUGUUGUUGUUGCGAUUGCAAUUCCUUUCAUAUUGACAACUAACCAGGGUGCCUCGGAUCUCUCGUCUAUGACCGCAGCAUGGCUUCUUCCGAUUGUGUCUUGUGUCGUCGCGGCUGCCUCUGGGGCUAUUGUCGCAGACGUCCUGCCCAGCGCAUCGCUCGCCCUGGCGACCAUCCUGGCCAGUUACAUUCUCUGGGGCAUCGGAGUCCCUCUGGCCUUGAUGGUUAUAUGUGUUUACUUGCAACGCCUCAUGUUCCACAAACUACCACCAAAAGCGAUGCUCGUCAGCGUCUUCCUUCCCCUUGGUCCACUAGGCCAGGGUGGAUUUGGAAUUCAACGGUUGGGCAAGGUCUCUCAGAAGAUAUUCCCUCAAACCCACACCUUCGGCUCCAAUACUGGUGACAUAUUCUACAGUGUGGGAUCAAUGAUCGGCAUUUUCAUGUGGGCCUUCGGACUGGUGUGGCUUUCCUUUGCAGUUGCUACCUUGCUCGUAACCAAAAAGUUCCCGUUCAAUAUGGGCUGGUGGGCGCUGACCUUCCCGUUGGGAGUCUUCACCACAUGUACCUGUACUUUGGGGAGCGAUCUCCCAUCGCGUUUCUUCUCCAUCCUUGGCACGAUUUUCUCUGUUGCUGUCGUGUUGAUGUGGCUGGUCGUGAGCUUCCACACGAUCAAGGGUGUUGCCCGCGGUGACAUAUUUGUUGCCCCAUGCUUGAAAGAUCUCAGAAUCGCUGAAUCGCGCACAAACGAAAAAGUAUGA